UCGCUUUGUGUCAGACAUUUGUUUUGACAGAAAAGUGCCAUGUACGAUUUUGUAUGAGUGCGUUCACAAAAAAAGUUUUCGACCCCUUUUUUAUUUUUGCUUUCAAGUUGCAAUAUAUUCACACUUUUCCAACUUGAAAGCUGCCCUGUAUCAAUUUUUUCAAUCAAGUCGUGAGGUAACUUGACAAUCAAGUUAAAACAGCUGAUCACAUAGUUUUGAAAAAAAAAAUGCCAUGCAAUUAUUGGAAAUCUUAAUCUUUCGAUAUAGCAAUGGUAAAAGUUUAUGAAUCAAAUCUUGCAGAAAUGAAAAUGUUUGUGUUGACUGUUUUAUAUCGGACCACGCUCCUUCAGAGAGAAUAAAACUCCUGCAUUUCUAUUAUAUCUUUAUUAUUCAAAUUUAGCGAUUCGUAGUUGCCAGAAUCUUUUAGAUACGAAGUUUAGUUAAAUAUCAACUAUAUAAGGGCUGCCAGACACAGUUCUAUGUAGAGUGUUGUCGUGUUAAGACCAAUUGAGACAUAAGCAAGAAGUUGUAAGCUCGAAUAACGAGCAAUAAGUGUUUAGUUGUUGGAAUUAGAAAUAAAGAUAUGUGUAUAGCCAUGAAAUUGGGACUUUUAUUUAACAAGUUGAGUUAUAGGUAGACGAUUUAUCGAGAAAUCUGUUACAAUACUAUUAAAUGAAAUUUUACUAUUUAAUACCAUUAUAUUUUUUGUAAUUUAAAUUCCGCUCUUCGUGAAUGCAGAUACAUAUUUGCAAGCUGUCAAAAUUUUACCUACCUCUUGAGCUGAGUUAAAUUCUGAUGUUCGGAUGCAUCACGACAAAUGUACAAUUUUCACAAAUUGGAAUCUUAAUUUCAAUACUUCGUAAUUGUGUAUGUUCUUCGUGUGUGACCAGCUUUACAGAAUUUUAAUCGAUUUGUCAUCGGUGGCGAAUGUUUUGAUAUAAGUUAUUGUAUUUGAUGUAAAUAUAAGAAGAGAUAUUUAGAUAUUAGGAUUAUCAAAAAAUGGUUUUAGCAAAUGUAUUGCUAUUAAGCCAAAUCGCUGGUCAUGUAAUAUUAGUUAUAUUAUCGUUGUGCAUGUUGGUUCCUCUUGGUAUGAGUAUCCAAGAAUUUGGGGGACACUGCUUGCUUUUUACAACUGGAAAAUGGCGUGAAGAGGAUGGAAUGUUUGAAGUAAAAUGGUCAUCAACAAGUUUUUGCAGCUUUCCACUUUUUACUGCAAUAUUUCUAUUCUUGGUUUCAACUUUACAGAUUUAUAGGUACUCUAGGAUGAAAGAAGAAGCUUCGUUUCUUUCUUUAUUCAUUGACGUUGUGGUUGGUAUUUGGAUGUUAGCCUUUUCAAUUCUGUCAGCAAUUAUGGUUACUUUAGGAUUUAUUGUAUGGUGUGAUGGUAUGACUGAACGAUUUCCGUCAUGUGAAACCGCAGCAGGACAAAAUAUCAUACACGGAGACCAAGACCAUAUUGACACAUCUGACUUCUAUAUUGAAAUGGGAACAGCUCAGUUCGGCGCAUGGGGUUCUUUUGCAAUAUCGGUUGGAAUAGGUGUUAUAGCACUUCUUAAACUCAUUCAAAAUCAUCAAGUGCGUAAUAUUAAAGUUUCUAUGUACUUGGAACGUCAAAAACUAGUAAAUCAACAUCAGCAUCAAUUAGAUGGACAAUCUACAACACCGACAAUUUCUGAAGCUAAUAAUAAAUAAACAUUACAUGCGAUAGAGGAUUCUUAAGUUGUUCCAAUACCGCUCUAAUAUUGUACAUUAUACAUAUAUAAAUAUUUUUUAUGUUUGCAUUUUAGUCGAAAUUAUAUUACACUAGUAAGUUUAUCAGUUGGAAAUUUCAACAGGCACCAUUAUAUUCAUAAACAUAUAUAAUAUGAAUUAAAUCAAUAUGUAUGUAAUGAUAUUA